GAGUGUUGGGCAUAGUACUGAUUUUUCAAUGGAAAAAUUGAUAAAGUACUUAGUUUAGCGUCUACAAAACAAACUCACACUACAGACCUGUUUGGUUCAUUCACUGCCAGUCCCGAACACAAUGCCCAUCAAAUGGAUAUUACACUGGCAGCCGAACCCGGGAACAACUGUGAACAGCCAAAUCCUAUCAGAAGUGUCUCAGUGCGCGGAGAGCAUCAAUGGUGUGAAGGAAGGACGCUGGAAAUCCACUCUCAGCUUCUACAAAGCCAUGGCUAGAGAACAAACGAUAGCGAAUGAUUUCCCUCGUGAUUUUGUGGGGAUUUCACUUGCCGAGCAGCCGAAUAAAUAUUUCCUAGUAAUUAGAGGGCAGCGGCUUGUGGUGGAGGCAGAGUCAAGUAUUCAGAUGAUAAUGGAGAAACUGCAAUCCUAUAAAACGCGGGUUGCUCUUAAUUUUGAGGGGAACCAGUAUCAACUUGGUGACUUCCAGUUGCGAGUAGGAAAGGUGGUCCCGAUGCACUCUGAAAGUUUGAGGGGCAUAGUUAUGGAGAUGGAGUAUCUACCCAUUUCAUCAUGGGAAAAAUCACAUCAAAUCAUGGGUGAGUUCUUUGACCUGUGGCAAGAAUCCCUGUCGAAAAGAUCAUUACCAGGUCAUUUCGUACACAUUGAACCAAACUUUGCAGAGUAUGGCCUCGCAGACCAAUACUCAUUACAACACACAGCAGUUCAGUAUGCCAGUAUCACAGCUCAAAUGAUAGCCACAUCUCAAUCCGUGCAAGCCACAAGAAAUUAGAUCUUUUAGAUAUUCCUGUACUAUGUUAUCUCUGCAGCCCCUAAGUUGAAUGGAGAACAGAGGGUUGCUAACUAAUGUUUGUCCCACAUGGUCGUUACUUGAGCAAACAUUUAAAUGGCAGCAGGAACUCUCUGUGUUCGUUGUCUGAUAACUGUUUAGCUAGAUGAAGGAUGAGAUAAUGUCUUGAGAUAGCUGAUUACUCAUUUUCUGAUAGAACCGCUACAAUUCCUUACACAAGGAUUCAGAAAACACCAAGAUUCCCACCUACGUUGCCAAAUUGUUUAAGACUCUACUGUCAGCUUCAUUCAAACUAUUGAACAAACAGAAACAUUGUUGUGAGUUGUAUUAAUAAUGUGACUUGAGGC